GGACAAAAACAUGUUUCAGAGGUUCACCAGCAUCUUGUUUGGAGACUCCCUGGAGGAGGGCAGUGGAUGUCCUGUGGAUCCAGACUUCAACGAGAAGGAGGAGGACGAUGAAUGGAUUCUGGUCGAUUAUCUAGCGAAGGCCUGUUCCGGUGCAUGUGGAGAUGAUCUGGUGGAUGUGUGCUCUGACAAUGUCGCUCCCCUGGACUCUCCUGUGCGCUGCUCCUCCUGCUCCUCUCUGGAUUCGGCAGCAGACACCGACGCAGAGGACGGCAGCUUCUUGCGUCUAGAGGCGACAUGUGGGCUGGAAGAGAGCUGGUUCAUCACCCCUCCGCCGUGUUUCAUGGCUGGAGGCAGAGCGCCGGUCCUGCUGGAGACCAGUCCUCUGGAGAACCUGCUGAUCGAGCACCCCAGCAUGUCCGUGUACGCCGUUCACAGCCCUCGUCAACGACCAGCCAAGGACGGCACCCGUGAGCCAUCGAUUUUAAGAUCUGAAGUUCAGCGUCGGCCGAGUCACGCUUCUGGCUGCUACGCAGCCGCUCUGGUCGCUGCUCACGCAGGCUUUCUGGAGCAGACCAAGAAUGUCCGCCUGGCUCAGCGCAUCCGUGACAACGUGGAGCGCCAGCAGCUGUCUCGCAACGCCCUUCGCCGCCUCAACCUGCUGCGCGAAGGCGGAGCCAGACAGGCCAAAGCCACCGGAGGCUACGUUCACCAGCCGGGACAGAGGCAGUACAACUACUGAGACGGUCCCCACUGCACUCCCCCGUCCUCCCCCUGCACGCCGCCCCCUCCACACUGGGAGAAUUAGUCUUUCGCCAGAAGGAACGGAGUCCUUUAGAAUCAAUGCCAUAGGUCACUUUACUUCACGGCAGGUUCCGCUCGACCUGAAUGUGUCUGCAUCACGUCACGUGUUUCCUAUAUAAGCUCCAUCUGUUAUGUUCGGUCUUAUGUUUUAUGUCAUGAAGGUUGAAUAACCAAGUGUUUUGUUCUAGUGAACAUGAUGUGGUAGGCAUCAUGUGUAGGCAGCUUGACGCUUUCUUUGCUUUUUUUGAAGCCAUACUAAGUUCAAUCACAUCAGUGAUGAAAUCAUCAGCAGCACUUUUCUGGUUAGGAAGGAACCUGCCUGUGACUCUGUAGAUCAGUGCUUUCUUCCUCUUUGUUUUUUGUUUUUUUCUCUUUAAAAAAGUAUACUGGGUUUAUUAUCACUAAAAGCCUUGUUUCCAUAGUAAAUUUCAAAAUAUAUAAAAUAUAUUUAAAAAAAACUUCCAAAAUAUUUUCAAAAGAAAAAAAUAUUGAAUAUAUAUUACAUAUCAGUAUGAAGUUGAUAAGAAUGUGUGUUAUCUGCAUAGAUAUGUAUGUAAGUAGUUUUUUCCUAUUUUUAGUGACUGAUUUGAUGUAUGACUGUUUAGUGCUAAUUUUCCAACAGGUGAGAAAACCAACAAAAAAAAGACAUCAAGUGUUGUAAUGUUAUUUUUCAUGUUUGCUCUAUAUCUGCAGUACAUGUCUCAGGGUCAUCACUGUUCACCUUCGCUCUUUGCUAAGAACGCAGAUUACUUGCAGAUGGUAAACUGUCUCUGUACAUACUAGAGAACCUCUAACUUUGUCGACGUGUGUUACCUUGUGGAAAUAUUUGUAAUUGAUGUAAAUCUUUAACAUAACGUGCAUCUCACACUUUGAAUGAAAGCAAAACGCUUGCUCCUCCAAGGACUGUGAAACAAACUCUUUCUCUUAAUUGACUGUUAAAAACUUUGACGACGGAGUGAAACUGUUAGCAUUUUAAUUUUUUUUCAAUGUAGUACUUUUUGUGUUAUAUGCCUUUUUCAUGUUAUAUUUGACUAGUUACACAUUGUAUAUUGCUGAGCGAAAUAUUUAAAGUAGCAAAAACUAAAAAUUCUUCGUAGGUUAUUUUUGUUACUCUUUAUUCCUUUAUCACGCGAGACCUGGUGUUGUAAAUUUCCGGUCACACUGCCAAGGUAAAUGUCUCCCCUAAAUGAAUGAAACUGAAUUCAUUAACUCUGACAUUCAGCUGAAUGCAUAUUAUAUGCAUGAGCAACUCAAGGAAAACAACUACAGCUUCUCUUCUUUUCUUUUGCUUGCUGCAGUCUGCAUUGAGCAGUAUAUUGCAUUUUCUGACAUUUUUUUUUUCUUUUUCUGUGGACGAAGGGAAAGGAAGGGACGUUAGGUUCUCUUCAUAUUCCUUGAGUAAUACUGGAGAGGCCCUCUUUCCCUAUGUCAGCAGAUGCCUGAUUUUUUGGUAUUCAUAACAGGGAUUUCAUUUUGCCUUGAAUUGCAUUUGGGGAUCAUGUGCCUUCCAGGUGAACAGUAUGACAAUGCAUCCGUGAAGAACUUGAAAUUUGUCCAAAGGGACACAAACAAAUGUAAUUUUACUAUGCACAGAGGAAUACCUUGUCUCUGUGAGCCACUUGCUCUGUCAACUUUUUACACGAAAUGUAGCAAAUGUUUUCUGUGUUUAAUGUGUGAAGAAUAUUUUCUGUGGCAUUGCUAAGUUUUAGACUAUGCUUUGGUUGAUUUUUAGUUUACUGGAAUAAUACAGCACUUUGCCAAAAGUGUAGGGUUUUAGCAUUGUUUAUUUAUCUUUUUCUUGUACUGAUAUGUUUUGGAUACAUGUCAUACACAAACUGUUUUGUAUGGGUAGUAUAAUUUGCAAAUAAAUUGUUCAUUUCAUAUGUCUUGAAACCUACUAUUUGUCAGUAUGUAUUCUCUCUUCUCAAUAAAUGUUUUAAUACAAA